CUAGCCGCGUGCCCCCUGCCCCAUUUGACUGUGUGCACACACUUUCACUGCCCCGUUUGACUCUCCGCGCUGUCUUCGACUGUCUGCUGUUCCGCCAAAGAUCGCAGUGAGAGAGAGAGACAGAAGCAAAGUACACAGGCGCGGAUAACGCACCGAGAACCUGGAGCGACGCAUGGACGGCGCCGGCAGGGAUAGCGGAGGGGCAGCGCCACUGACGCACACGUCGACGUCGCCUCCAGCUGCGACAGAGCAUCCCGGACCGUCGACUGACGUCACACGCCACGACGAACCUACCGAGAAGGCAGCCAGCGCCGACGACGUUUCGACCCCCGAGUCGGGGAACUGUGACGAACCAGAGAAAAACCCAACAGCACGUAAAGGCGGGGUCGGUGCAGACGCUCGAGGCGUUUCGCUGGCAGACGGCGGUCAUCCUCAGGCACAAGUUACAGACGGCGGUGUGUCUACAGUCCCGCCGUUCGGCUACUACCUCCGCAGGAAGACUGCGUUCGUCAACGUCGAGAGGAUCAAAAGAUUCCUCGCCAGCUCUUUGGAGUCGGAGGAGGAGGAGGGGGAAAGUGUCGGUGUUGGUGCUUCGUCCGAGCAAAACAAAGGUGCAAAUUCAGACGGUGGUGCUCGUGAAGAGGUUGGUGCUGCCAGAGUGAGUUUUAGUGGUGAUCAGGAAUCACAAGCCAGUUCCCAAAGUGGGUUAUCGACACAAGACCCAACUGACAAAAAUUCUGGCACAUUUGGAGAGAACAGAAAUUUGGCAGGUUGUAUAGGUACUGAUACUGAAUCGUACAAAAAUUCUGGAUCAGUUAAUGGUCGUGAUUCCCAGCUUAUUGAAAGUGGGACUCAGAGUGAAAAACUCGUAGGUGAACCGAUAAGAGUAGUCGUCACUGAACGGAGCUUCCAAGAAACUUCGUGUGUAGAGAAGGAGGCUAGCCGUGAAAAGGUUGAUGCAAUUGGGAGCUGCAACAGUCCCGAAGAACGUCAAUCUCGCAUUGGGGACUCUGCUGAAACUACAUCUCCUGUCAGUGCUACAGCUGAGAGAGGAGAAGAACUGAAAUCUAGAAACAGCAGUACAGCUAGUAUUGGAAGUGAAAAGGAGCCAGUGUUCCCACCUGCUGGACAAGAAGAUACAUCCAAAGGAGGUCAGGUGCAGCAGCAGCAAGCCCAUAGAGGGUCUAUCUCGUCGCCAGAAAACAGUCCAGAAUCAUCCACACCUGCUACUGGCGCUCUGGUUUCAGCCUUGAAGAAUGGCAAGAAGAAGCUGGUGAAGAGGGUGUCAUUUGCUGAUGAAGGAUCAGACAGGAAAUCCCUGGUCGAAGAGUUUGAACUCAGGGAGGAAGAACCAGUGAAGCAGCAAGGAAAGAGAGAAAAGCCCUCGCCUCCACCACGGACUGUACCGGCUCCUGCACAGCAUAGCGAGAAGCCGAGCCCGGAAACUGCUGCCGGUCGGCCACAGCGUCUGGUGCUCCAGAAGACUGAAGGGGGAGUUGCUAGGCUGGUGAGAGUAACUUGGCUCGACAGUUCCAGCCAAGGAGAGGCGAAGAAGAGGGAGGAAGAACCGGAGCUCCAGGCGUCCAACCCACAAGAGAGAUUAGUGUCCGAAGAGGCUCGAGGUCCAUCCUGGCUCGAAGACAAUCAGCAGACGGGGACAAAGCUUCCAACGUCUCCGGCGAGGAUCUUUGUAUUUCCAAAUCAGCACACUUCGAGUCAUCCCCAGGACCCUGGCCCUUCGGGAGGUAUCUGGAGGCGAGACAGCACUCCCACCAGCGACGACGUCUUCUUGUCGCCAACCGAGGAGGCUGCAUUUGCCUCCAGUGGCAGGCCGUUCAGUAGCUUUGUCAGUUCUGCCCUCACUGACAGGCCAGCAGAACCUGAGCCAGUGGAUGUCUUGUCUGCGGGAGACAGCGUAGUGUCCAUUUCUGACUUGAGCAGGGCCAGCGACUCUGGAGAAAGCCUCGACACGGGUAGUGCUUCUGGGUACCCCUCCAGCAGCGAUAGUGCUUUUGUUGAUCUCGCGCCAGCAGAAGAUCCAGAGGACGACGAAGGAGAAGAGGAUAGUGAGGCUGAUGAUCAGUGGCAACAAGACAGCAGUUCUGGGAGCAGUGACGACGAAUUUGAUGAAAGCAGUGGGUGCCCCGAGGAGCCAGUGACACAGGUUGAUCCGAAUUGUCGGGUUCCAGCAGUAAGUGGAGACCCCAAACCUGAUGUACUACCGGAAAGAGAAUUUUGGAGUGAAGCAAGUGUUGUCGAAGACAGAUCUCUGAGGCAGGAUAGUGUGGUUGGAUCUGAGCAGAGAUACUGUCUCGUGGAGAAUGGUGGCUUGACUAGUGGAGAUUUGGCUACUGGUGCUACUCCCUUGUCAGUUAAGGAAGUACUUCUCUCAGGAGUAGUCAAGAGCGAUACUGGAGCAGCUGUCUCUUACCUCACUGAAGUAGAACAGGUUGGUUAUAGUGGCUUCCCUGUAGACGGGAAGGCAGUUGACUGUGUUUCGAGUCACGAGAGGUGCAUCACACUAAACUACGUGAACUUGGAGGCGGAGAAAGGUCGCGAAGUGAGUGUCAGGGACCAGGGUUUUGGUGGAGGAAAGGCCAGCUUAGAGAGGCACGACAGUUCGCAGCUCCCGCCCACACCACCACCCAGCCCAGUAGAGGGCGAGGAGUGGGAGGGCGACCCUCCGAGGGCAGGCCCUUCGAGGGCGUACCCUCUGCAGGAGGAGCAGGCGGUUCUAGAUACGCAGUGCCUUAGAGAGGCGUCCACAACGGGGUCCAAAGGCUCCAAAGAACAGUCUGCCGGAAUCUUGCCAUUACCGGAGGAAGGAGGGGAGGACGGAGGGAGAGAGAAGAGGACCGUGGAACCAGACACUGAGAGGGAUGAAAACUGUGCGAAGCAGCGACCACAAGAGGGACAGCUCAAGAAGCAAGAGCAGUCUACGCCGUCAUCAUCGCCGCCGCCAGAGACAGACCCGACGAACGCCGCCGUCUCCACCGUGCUCGUCCUGACGAAAGACGAAGUCUAUCCGGAGGAGGGCGAACGGGAAGAAGCAGGAAUAGAAGACAGGUGCCCUCAAGAGGGACUGCAGUCUAGCGGAGAAGUCACAGCCACCGGAGACGCCUCAACACCCCGAAAACCUCAGCAACAGGUGGAGGAUAGCAGCGCAGCCGAGACGUCCGGCGAGGAGAUGCCGGGCCCCCCGGAGGGCGAGGCCGAGGUGCCGCUGAAGAGGGCGCUGGACCACAUCGAGCAGCUGCAGCAGAACCUGUCCACCAGGCUGAGCCCCGGCGCCGUCCAGGCCAUCCGGGCCGAGCUGAAGGGCGCCAGCGCCGCCGCGUCGCCCUCCGGUCCGGGUUCGACGCCAGACAACGCUCGCCGCCGGGAGGCAUUCUUCCGCGACGGCCUCGCCGGGGCUUCCCCGGCCGGCGGCAGCGGCGGUACCCCUGCCACCUGGCGGCGCAGCGCCGAACUCUGGCGGCGCAGCGCGGAACUGCCCGCCACGACCGUGAGCGCGACCACGGCCGCGACCUCGACCUCGACCCCAACCACGACGUCUACCACGCCGACUGCGCACAACGUGACCGUGGUCACCAAACGAGUACUGUGGGUGGCCGAGACAGAGCCGGCGGCAGCAGAAAAACCGAAGCCUCCGACAGCAGGUGACGGAGGAGCGGCCGACCCGUCGUCUCCGCCAAAGUCCGCCCGCGUCUUCAUCUCGCUCAGUCCCCGCUCCGUCGAGAAGCUCGUAUCCGGGCAGCGGGGUCCCAGAGCUGACACGAAGAGUGCUCCCGUGACACGGCCCCAGCAGAACGGCAGCGCCACAACCGACAGAGCCGGCGAUACCUCGAGACCGGCGGUCGGCCGCGACCGGCCGGACGGUGUUGUCGGCUCCCCGGCCGGACGGCGACCGGGACCGCGACCGGCGGUCCCCGCGGUGAAGCCCUCCGUGACUCCGAGGAAGGACACCGUCACACCAGAUCGCACUGCGGCGGUGUCCCGAGAAGAUUCCGUGCCGCAGGGGAAAGCGUCGAGUCCUGCGGAGCUGGCAGGUCCGAAAGGAGGUUCGCCGGCGAAGGCUCCCGGUAAAGCACAGAGACCUGAACCUGGUGCGAAUCUGCCCCCCACUCUUAAGACAGAAAGCAAUACGCAGAAGCCAGAGGUACCACCGAAGUCCGUCUCCCAGCGAUCCAGCUCAGCCGGGGCCAGGCAGCAGAGUCCGGAAUCACCGCCCGGGACUGCCGACGUCUCGGCGUCGACUACUGUCGAGUCCACAGGUGACGACACGGACAUUCCGUACGCGGAUUCGGAUGACGAGGCGAGUGCCGGUGAGAUGUCGCCCGUGUACCAGCCCUCCAGAGGGAAUCAUCCGGCAGGGGCUGCGGACGGGGCAGCUGCAGCAGCGGCGAGGUCGGUGCCGCCGUCUGCGGGCCGCAUGUCCUGGACGCAGCAGCUGCUGGAGAAGCUGUCCGAGGAGGAGGAUGCCAAGAGGAAGCGGCAGGCCGAGGCGCCCCGCAAGCCCCCCAGACUGGUGCGCUACCCCGGGCAGAGGGAGGCGGAGGAGGCACAGCGCAGGGCGUCCGCCCCCACCAGCUACCACCCACUGCAAACUGUGGGGGUGACAGACCCCGUGCUGGCAAGUGCCGUGCCGGGCACGGACGCAUACGCCGAGCUCAUCGACCGCCUCAUCGAGGACGGCAGCCCCGCCACACGGCACAGGCCGUACCGCCAGCAGUAUGGACCAGGGGGCAUCCCGCUGCGGAGGCAGGCGUCGCUGGAGGAGGACAGCGGCAGCACGACCAGCAGCGACGGCGCAGAGACGGCGCGCCUGCGCCAGAAGUUCGAGGAGGAGCUGCGCACUGUGGCGGCGAUGCAGCAGCGCCGGCAGGCCGCCGACCCCGAGGCGGGAGGCCGCGCAGCGGGAGCGGGUGACGCGGCGACACCCCGGCCGCCUGUUCCCGUGAAGGACACCGCGUCGCUGCAGAGGGCUGUCUCACCCGUGCAGAGGGUCGCCUCACCACCGCAGAGGGUCCGGUCGCCGCCCCCUCCGGAGAGGUCGACGACCGCUCCGCGAGGCUACCAGACCGUGAAGGUAACGGCGCUGGUGGAGAAACCGUCGACACCGCCAAAGAGGCAGCCGUCGGCGCAGGCCGAGCUGUCGGCCUCUACGCCGUCACCUCCGAAGCAGCUGACGAGUUCUCCGGACCGGGACGCCAUCAAGCCGAAGCCCAUCUCACCGGUCGUGCGUCGGACCGCGAUGUCGCCGCAACCGCCGGCAGGCGCCCGUCCGCAACAGGCCGUGCCGAAGCUGCGUGCGUCGCCAAUGCAGCAGCAUCGUCAGCAGCAGCAGCAGCAGCAGCAACAACAGCAGCUGCGGCAGCAGCAGCAACAGCAGCAGCAACAACAACAGCAGCAGCAGCAGCAGAAGACAAAGAGCUCGGGACUGCGGAGGUUCCUGUCCCCGGCGGCCAGCCUGUUCGCGUCGGCCACGGGCAACAGUCCUCGCAACCGCAGGAGCCUCAGUGAGGACCGCACCUCUAGGUCCUCCCCACUCCUGCUGAAACCGUACAAGUCCAAGAAGCAGCAGCAGCAGCAGCAGCCGAACGCGCAGGAGGACGCCGCGCAGAGGCAGCCGCUGCUCGCGCAGAAGAAGUCCACGCCGCAGCCCGCAGCCGCCACACACGACGCCAAAAGGAAAGUCCACCCCACCUCGAAUGCUCCACUGGUGGAGACAGCGUUCCUCUCCGAGCCGAAGAAGCCGACUCCGACAGCGACGCAGCAGAACCUGCUCAACGCGGGGGCAGACUACCGCAACAAGCCGCUGCCCCCUGUGCCGCCCCACCGGACCUCCAGUCGCAGCAGCAGCAGCACCGGCACCGCCCCCGCCCCCGCCCCCGUCCCCGUCCCCGUGCCCACCCCCGUGGUGGCCGCCCCCGCCGGAGGCAGCUCGCACAGCACUGCGCGGACCAUCCCCGACACGUCUCUCGUGCUGGAGGAGCGGCUGGACAGCAUCCGCCGCAGCCUCACGCCCACGCAGUACUCCAGGGGCGAGGUGCCCGCAGCUGCAGACUUUGCAGGCCGGCGGCAGCAGAAACGCUACCAGUCGCUGCCGCCCAUGUCGUCCCUGCCGGCGACGCGCCAGCAGCUGGAGGCGAUGGAGCGCGCGGCCCGCGGCUCGCCGCCCGCCUCGGACUACCGGCCGGCGGGCAAACCGUCGGCCGCUGCGAGUCAGUCGGCGUACCGGCAGCUGUCGAAGGAGGCUCCGGGAAGCCCACGGGAAAACUGGGAAGUGGAGCGGCAGCUCACCGUCGAGGACGCGCAGCCGAAGGUGACCCGCCGCCCGCCCUCCGGGAGGGUCCUGCCGCUGCAGCUGGUGAGGCCGCUGUCCUCCACAGUAGAGGUCCCUGCAAACUCCUCGGCCGGUAUCUACCAGAAUGUCCAGCAGACCAACAGGGCGAGGCAGCAGGCCAGCUACCCAGAGGCCUACUACCACGGCACGCAGCACGACACCCAGUCGGACACGGAGGCCCUCCGGCAGAACCGGCCACCCACGCAGCGCGGCCGCGGCGGGAGCGUCGCGUCGGACGGUGCCGACACUGUGCAGUCUUCGCGCAGCGUGGACGCCAGCUCGCCGUCAUCGUCGUCGACGGCGACGGUGGUCUCCUCGGCACAGCAGCAGCGGCAGAGGCCCGGGGACGCGGUGGACGCAGCGGACGUGUCGCCUGGGGCGGCUGAGGUACAGAGGGUGAUGCAAGCCAGGCCACCUAUGGCGCUGCCGCCCCCGUCCGGCCGCAUGUCGGCCCCUCCGAGCACUGCCGACUGGCAGCGCCGCUACGGCCGCAUCCGGCAGCCGCUGCUGCAGUCGCCGCCCGCCCUCGUGCCCGUGUCGGCAGCCAUCAAGGUCACCAGGGAGCCCGUCUACAGCAACCUCUCGCAGGCGACGCCCUCGCAGCAGCCGCAGCGCCGGCAGCACGUGCCACUGUCGCCCGUCUCCCCGCCGCCGGACGGCACGGUACGCCUGAGCCGACGCGAGCUGGAGGCGCUCUACUGGCAGACGCAGAUGCUGCGCGAGGAGCUGGCCGCGCAGAAGCGCUACCUCGGCAUGACAGGGCCCGCGCCCGCCUCCGACACGUCCGUCGCCUCCACUGCGACCGCGGGGAGCGGGGGCGGCGCGUACGUGUCCGUCCUGCCGCGGCCGCAGCCGGUGUACGCCAGCCCGCAGACGCAGCUGCCGCCCCAACAGCACCGCCGCUCCCGUAGCAUGUCCCCGUCGCCCUACCACGGGCCCGUCUCUCCUGGCAGCGCCUACCCUCUGUACGCUUCCAACAGGAGCCUGAGCCUGAGCUUGCCGCGGGGCGCCGUGCUGCCGGAGCUGUACGACGUCCAGCAGCAGCCGUUCGUGCGUGGCGCGCCGUACCGCAACACCGUCGCCGGCAUCCGCAGCCACUCCGUUUCGGAGCGCACCUCCACCCCCACCAUAUACGAGGAGGCCGCGCACCAGCAGGCUGCGGCUCCACGGCGCGAGCAGAGCACGGACGGGACUCCGCACCGCAGGAGCCGAGGCGUGGGAGCGGGCGAGGGGCCGCCUCCCAUCUUCAAGAGGGGGUCGCUGCAGGGCCUGCCCGAGCCGGACGGUCCGGCCAGCUCCACGCCCAAGAGGGUCAGCUUCACGCCGGGAGAGGACGUCUCGCCGCGGCCCAACUGGCCCACGAGGAACGGGCCGGCAGCACAGCCCCCGACGAGGAACAGGGACAGUGUGGAGUCUGACGUGUUCCUGCCAAACUCGCCGCCGCCCGCCACUUCUGCUGCCAACUACGUGAACCUGUCCGACCUGGGCUACGCCUACGGCUACGGUUACGGUUACGGAACGUCUGUGGCUGCGGAGCGGCGCAGGCCGUACGGUGUCGUGGUCCGGCGCAGCGCCCCGCCGGGCUCCGUCAGCAGUCCCACCGGGACUCCCGACAGGCCGCUCCCGCCCCUGCCACCGAGUUCGAGUGGCGAGCUGUCCGGCAGCAAUUCGUCAGUGUACGGAGUGGUCGUCCGCAAGCCGCAGCCGCAGCAGCCGGUGCAGCUGUCCCCGGACCGCUGGCAGUACCGCGCCGCAUUCCCGUCCCCCACCGGCAGGUGGCCGCAGUCCGAGUCCGAAUCCGGCAGCGAGGCGGGCGAGAUCCAGCGCAUCCUGGGCCGCGGCCGCAGCAGACCAGGUGUAGUACCGUUAAACGGAUGGCCGGCGUCGGAAGUCCACCGGCGGUCUACAACGCUAGGCUGAGGCGCGUCGUCUUCUCUAGCCGGGAGCAGCACGAGAGCGACCUGCGCUGGGUCAUCUUCUCCAGGAAGAACCACAAUCUGAGCAACGGGCCGGCGCGCCCCAAGUGCGACCGCAAGGAGAAUUCCCCGCCGGUCGCGCCCGAACCGGGCCCGUCUGCCGGGUGCGGCAGUUUCUACGUGGGGAUGGACUCCCGAGACAGCAAGGCCGCCAUCGCGCACCAGCGCUACGUCGACGCGGCGCUCAGGGCUGUCAUAGACCUGCCGUGCCUCCAGCAGUACUAGGGACCGCCUCUUCUGUAGGCUCCGCCCUACAUUCUUCACUCUGUGUUUGUAGUUUUUCAAUUAUGCUGCACGUAGUUCCUAGAAUGUGCAUUGUAACUAAUUCUUCUCGUGUUGUUUUUUGUGUUUCUAACAAUCCGAGAGCCUCUCAAUACUUGUAUUCAGCACAUCUGUUUAGAGUUUAUGUGCUAAGAGCUUUCACGAAAAAAAAAAAAAAAGAAAAAGAGGUACCAGAC